GCAAUCUGGAAGUGCAGUAGAGGACAUUUCCAGUCUCUGCCAACAAAGACAGCAACUCCAGGAGGCAGUUGUUCUACUUCUUAGUCAUGCUCAUCCUUACAUUGCUCCUGUUUUCCAUAGUAAUGACUGAAGAAGCAUCACUUGCCCCUCCAGAACCAAUAUUUCAGUACAUUGAUGAACAUCAAAAUGAAUAUGUACAGAGACUCAAAGAUUGGGUGGCCAUUGAAAGUGAUUCAAGUAACCCCCUUAAGAGAGAACAGGUGAUAAAAAUGAUGCAUUUAGCAGAAGAGAGACUGAAACAGUUAGGAGGAAUUGUUGAGUUGGUAGAAUUGGGGGUUCAAGAGCUACCCAAUGGAAACACAACCCGUUUGCCACCAGUCAUUCUGGCAAAUAUUGGAAUGGACCCUAGCAAGACUACUGUUUGUUUUUAUGGGCAUCUGGAUGUUCAGCCAGCCAAAUUAGAGGAUGGCUGGUCAACAGAGCCAUAUAUUUUGACAGAAAAAAAUGGCAGUCUGCAUGGACGUGGAACUUCUGACGACAAAGGGCAGGUUCUGGCAGUCCUGCAUGCAGUUGAAGCACUUCAACUCUAUGAACUCCCUGUGAAUGUUAAGUUUCUGCUUGAAGGCAUGGAAGAAGUUGGAUCCACUGGACUAUUCAAACUGGUCGAACAGAGAAACAGUACAUUUUUUUCAGAUGUCGAUUACAUUGUGGUCACUGAUACUUCAUGGAUCAGCAACAAACCUGGGAUUACAUAUGGGACCAGGGGGCAGUGCUACUUCUUUAUAGAGGUGGAGUGUGCUAAACAAGAUUUGCAUUCGGGGACCUUUGGGGGAAUCAUUCCUGAAGCAACAAGUGACUUAAUAUUUCUGUUGAGUACCCUUGUUAAUGCUUCUGGUCAUAUCCUGAUCCCUGGAAUUUAUGAUGCAGUUGCUCCUCUUACAGAAAAAGAAAGAAAAAUUUAUGAAACCACUGAAUUUGAUGCUGAGAAGAUAAAGGCCAAAUUUGGAAUCAAGAACUUUACAUAUAAUACUAAAGAAGAAUUAUUAAUGCGGCGCUCCCGCUAUCCAUCGCUGUCCAUCCAUGGAAUUGAAGGAGCUUAUUCUGAGUCUGCGACUAAGACUGUAAUCCCUUCAAGAGUAAUUGGAAAAUUUUCAAUACGUCUAGUUCCUAAUAUGGAACCCUCAGUAGUGAUAAAACAGGUAACUGAUCACUUGUAUAAGAAAUUUGCUGAACGGAAAAGCCCUAACCAUAUUAACAUAACCUGUGUGAUCUCAGCAAAACCAUGGAUUUCUGAUGUAGAGGAAACACAGUAUCUGGCUGGAAGAAAGGCAAUCAAGAAAGUGUUUCACACAGAAGCUGAAUUCAUCCGAUCAGGUGGUACGAUUCCAAUUGCUUCACAUUUUCAAGAAGUAACUGGGAAAAGUAUACUAUUUCUAGGCAUAGGAGGGCCAGAUGAUGCUCCUCAUGGUCAAAAUGAAAAGAUCAACAGGUACAAUUUCAUUGAAGGAAUAAAACUAUAUGCAGUCUUACUUCAAGAACUUGCUUUCUUAAUAAAACAGCAUGACAUUGAAAGAAUUCCCACAAAUAUUCCUGUGUCCAUAUCCUAUUUCGAAGGGCUCUUAGAAGGUCACAACAAUGAAGACCAUUAAAUGUGAAUAAUCUGAAAUGGCUGUUAAAUAAAUUGACUUUUUUUGGGAAAAGAAAGCAUUAGGUUUUUCAAAAAUAUAAUAUGAAUUAGUUUUGUGUUCAUUUCCCCUCACAUAGUUAUAUAGCCUGCAGCCUGAUUAACAGUUUAGUAAGGCCUACUAAACAGAAUAGGAAGUGAUAAGGGUUUCAGCCUUAUCUGGAGAUGUCAGGGACUGACUGAACUUUUUAUAUUUUAUUUAUCCAUCUUUGUUUUUAAGCAACCCCUCUCCAGCCCCCAAAGGAGCAAAAAUCACCAUUUGCUCUAUGAAUUUAAUUCAUAAGCCUCUUCUCUUAAUUUAUCUACAAAUGACAUAACUAAACAAACUUGCCUGAAAAGACCUUUCAAAACCCUGACUGAGCAUUGGUGAAAAAGGAAAAGCUCUAGCUAUUCAUGUGUGCUGCACACCCUCUGGUGGCUAACUUACACACUUCUUUAUAGCUUCUAUUUCCUAAAAGCCUGUAUUUUUAUAUGUAAACAACUAUAUCAAUAAACUUAGUCACAGCCAUGGGUGCUCUUAUAAUAUGCAUUUGUUAUGUGUCUCCAGAAUUAGGGAAUUACCGUCUUAUAUUUGACUGUAGUAGAGUGAGAACUGUACUUUCUAUAGAUACAGAACAAUGAUGUUCUGUGCAUAUAUUCUUUUGAUAACAAAAAUAUGCAAGAACAUGAUGGAAUCCUGCAGUCUUGGGCACAUUUUCAGGUUGCUAGGCAAUGGUCAGUUUAAAAUUAUAUAUUAUUAACAUAGAUGAAUACUGUUUUUCUUGGCUGCAAGCCAAGUGGGAAAGGCAUCAAGCCUAACUAUAAACUUAAAUAAAGUGUGCCAUCAAGUCGAUUUUGACUCCUUGUGCCCACAGAGCCCUGUGUUGUUGGUUUUUUUGGUAGAAUACAUUAGGGAUUUACCAUUGCCUCCUCCCACGCAGUAUGAGAUGAUGCCUUUUAGCAUCUUCCUAUAUUGCUGCUGCCUGAUAUAGUACCAAUGGGGAUUCAAACCAGCAACCUUUUGCUUGUUAGUCAAGCAUUUCCCUGUUGUGCCAUUAGGCGGCUAUGUAAACUUAAAUACAGUACACUUAAUGGAGACUUGAGAUCAAGUCCUAUUUAAUUCAGAGUCUUACUUUUGAGUUAGUAUGCCUAAUAUUAUAAUACUUACGUAUACACUGCAUCUUUCUUAUGAUUUGAGUACUACAGCACUAGGCAUGAACUGAAUGUUGCAAGAAUAUAAGAGAUUCAUUUUAAUUUGAAGUGAGACUACUUAUGUGAAAUGUCCUUAAUGAUAAACAAAAAGCUUCCUAUGUUUCCCCUACUGUUUAAAAUUAUUUAAGAUGAUUCCACCUUAUAUAAUUGUAAACAGGAGUGGAAACAUAAGCAUUUUGUUAUUCAUGGAAAUAUAUCAAGUAGUGAGAUUUUUAUUUUAAGCCCAUCUUAAAUUUUUAAUAAUUAUCUCUUUUUUAAAAACCUGCUUUUCUCAGGCAUUCAGCACUACAACACAGUACACACUAUUUCAGGUUGCAAUCCUACAUAUAUUAGCACAGAGAUUUUCAAACAGACAUUAAAAUCAUAGCAUGUAACUUUGAUGUAACUUUAACUUUGAGUUAAAUAACAAGGCAGCAAUUAAGAUAGUCAUGCACAACAAUACAAGCACAACGUAACAAUCUUAUUCCCAUCCAUACAUGCAGCAGAUGCAUCACACCAAAACGUAUAUUGCAACACAAUGUCAAAAUGUGUAUCUGUGUGCAUGUGUCUACUUAUCCAGCAGCAGAAUUCAUGCUGUGAAGUUAUUUUAAAAAUCCAAAACCCCACCUUUCAGGCCACAGAUCAUAUACCUCCUCAAAUGUAUAUUCUUUGAAGGAUUUGGGUGCAAAUUUAAUUCAUAAUAUAAUCAAAUUGUGAUUUAUUGGCACAAGUGCAUAUAGAGCUAAAGCAUGAUGUAUUCUAUUCAGCAGCCUUUUAAAGUUUGUUUGGAUAUUGUCCCAAGGGGGAUCCUGUAGUGUGGGGGAGGAGGAGUCAAGAGGAAAAGGGAGGGAAAAGAGAAGGAGAAAAUGGAGUGGUUGCUGAACAAACCUUUAGUUAAAUCUAUUUAAGAUUUCCUUGUGUGUAUAUGAGGGAAGCAGCUGUAAAUCAGUAUCAGAUGCUUAAACUCAAGUAUUAGCAUUUAAAUUUGUUUGCUAUUUGGUAUCAGUGGGAUUCUGUCAAUUUCUAUUCAGAUGGCAUAAAUACAUUAUGCAUUAUUUAUUUAUUCCCUUAAUUUAUUUGAGUAAAACUCAUCAUUAUUAACUAUAUAGACAUUUGUAAUUUUUAAUUUAAUCAGCUUGUGGCUUUAUUAAACUACUUGGUUUGAAA